AUGUCCGAAAUCAAGCCUUCCCACCCCGAAGUGGCUUACGCCGAGCGAUGCAACCCCACCGAGCCGGAGAAGAACAUCAUCUACUUCACCAUCCAUGCUCCGGACGUGCAGGGCGAGCCGACGCUCGAGAUUACCCCGACUGAGAUCAAGUUCAGGGCGAAGGCUGGAAACCCCGCCAAGGGUCUCCCCGAGAAGGAGUACGCGUUCGACCUUGAGCUUUACGGCGAGAUUAUCCCCGAGGAAACUAAGAAGGUCACCACCUCGCGCGCGAUCGUCCUGAUUCUGCGCAAAAAGGAAAUGAGCUCAGAGUACUGGCUCCGCCUCACAAAGGAGAAGCCGAACCGUAACUGGGUCAAGACUGACUUUGCCAAGUGGGUCGACGAGGACGAGCAGGACGGAGAGGCACCAGAUCUCGGAGGCCAGGAAGACCCCAUGGGCGGCAUGGGCGGUGGCAUGCCCCCAGGCAUGGGCGGUAUGGGCGGCAUGGACAUGGCUAGCAUGAUGGGCGGCAUGGGCGGUGCUGGCGGGGCUGGCGGCAUGGACUUUUCCAAACUCAUGGCUCAGAUGGGCGGAGCCGGCGGUAUGGGCGGCAUGGGUGGUAUGGGAGGUAUGCCCGGUAUGGGCGGCAUGGACGACGGAGACGACGACAGCGAGGGCGACGAUGACGAGGGCGAUGAGGAGGAGGUCGAGGGGAAGGGUAAGGGCAAGGCGAAGGAGCUGAGCCUCGAGGACGUAGAGUAG